UAAAACCUUACGCUAGCAUAACAUCCAAGCUACUCCGACGCACAACUGUGUAGAAAAACUGCACACAUUAAUGGUCAGUCAUGCGUCCAAAAAGGUAUGCGUUUGUAUGUUAUUUUCGCGUAAUCAGUUUAUUAUACGUAUGGACUGUGUGUGUGUUGGCCGAUGUGCAACGAGUGCCGUCGCCAUUGGUCAUUGACCCUUACGCCACCUGCCAACCAAGAUGUGACUACCACGGUGGAGUAUGCAUCGGGGAAAAUGUAUGUUUCUGCUUCCCAGGAAACUAUGGUAACAAUUGUGAGCACGCGUCGUGUUCCCCUCCAUGUCUGAAUGGCGGUAUUUGUAAACGACCAAAUCUAUGUGUCUGUCCGAAGUCUCACAGUGGAAGAUUUUGUCAACAAGCCGUCUGUUCGUUAACUUGCAUGAAUGGAGGAAAGUGUGUCAGUGUGAACGGCCAGUCAAAGUGCAUCUGUGUUCAUGGUUACCAUGGCGACCACUGCCAAACAGCCAAGUGUAUUCAAGGUUGCUAUAACGACGGAGUGUGCGUGGCGCCAGGAAUAUGUGUGUGUAAAGUAGGCUGGAGUGGUGGCGCUUGUCAUAGAGCUAUUUGCAGACAGCAUUGCUUGAAUGGUGGCAAAUGUAAUGAACCGGAUAAGUGCAGGUGCUCAUCCCGUUUCUAUGGCAACAGAUGUGAACGAAAGCGAAAAUAUAAUUGAAAAAAAGUGUGAUUUUCCUAUGUAGCGUGUAACACUCAAUAAGUAAUCAAUCUCUGUUUAAGUCUAUAUAUCAGGUUUUAUUAAUAAAAAUACUAUACCAGAACGUAUA